AUGAAACUUGCCUCUGUUCUUUGUUUUUGGGUUGCUACGGCACUCACCAGUGCCCAAGGUGUCUCCAACGACAAGCUACGGCAGCUUCAAGCUGCCACAGUCAACACCGACGGCCAGCGAGAGACUGCGGAUAAUGGGGUGCCCGCCAACACUUCCAAUUCUCUUCGCGAUGGUCCUCGUGGAUACAAUCUUCUCGAAGACACGACAGUGCGCAAAAAGAUGCUUCACUUUGAUCGAGAACGAGUACCUGAAAGAGUGGUUCAUGCUCUUGGCCACGGGGCCUACGGAGUAUUCAAGUCAUACGGUGAUUGGAGUAAUCUGACAUCUGCCUGCUGGCUUCAACGUGGCGCCGUGAGCGAAGCCUUUACCAGGUUUUCGGUCGUUGUGGCCAGUGUUGGCGGCAGCGAGGUUGGAAGAGAUACACAUGGUUUUGCAACAAAGAUAUACAGCGAGUGUGGCAACCAAGACUUGGUCGGAAACAAUCUCAAUUCGUUCUUCAUACAGGAUGGGGCAGACUUUCCCGACCUGAUCCAUGCGGUUAAAUUUGAAGCCGACAAGGGUUUUCCUACCGGUGGCUCUGCUCAUACCACGGCCUAUGAUUUCUUUACGCAGCACCCCGAAGGCAAGUGGGCAUUCCAGCUUAUGAAUGUGCUCUCCGACCUGGGAAUCCCUCGUGAUGUACGGCAUAUUGGUGGCGCCGGUGUUCAUACAUAUCGUUUCGUCAACAGUCAAGGGCGAUCACAAUUGUUCAAGUGGUACUGGAUGCCCGUGUUAGGCCAUCGAACCUUAGUCUAUGACGAGGCAACCAAAAUUGCUGGAAAGAAUAACAACUUCCAGCGUGUUGAUUUAUACAACAACAUCGCUGCAGGAAACUUCCCGGAGUGGGAGCUCGCUGUUCAACUCUUCCCUGAUGACGGAUCAUAUAUGUACAAAGGAAUUGACCUCAUCAGUCCCACCCAGAUCGUGCCCUUCGAAAUCAAUCCUCCCGUCAAACUCGGCAAAUUGACAUUGAAUCGAAAUCCCACCAACUAUUUCGCCGAACCCGAAUCAAUCUCUUUUGCGCCUUCAAAUGUUGUCUCGGGACUUUCAUUCGUUCCCGACCCACUUCUUCAAUGGCGGCUCAUGUCAUACGACGAUACAUCAACCCACCGACACGGCUCUCCAAAUGGUUACUUACUCCCUAUCAACAGAGCCAUUGCUCCCAUCAACAACAAUUACCGCGAUGGCUAUAUGCAACCUUUGAUCUACACUGGCGAUUCUACCUCCUCUCCCAACGGGAUUGGAGGAAUUAUGGGGUCAAAUCAAAAUGCCACAAUUGCCUACACGGGGCAAUCGGUCACCAGUGCCGGCUCCGGCCCCAUCGGUCGCUUUACAUCCGUGUACGAUUGGUUUGGACAAGCUCGAACAUUCUGGGGCUCCUUGGACAGGUAUGCCCAACAGCACACCGUCGAUGGCUAUCGAUUUGAAUUGGGAAAUGUAGCCAACACUUCUGUUGUUCAAGUCUACAUCGAUAACAUCCUUAACAACAUUGAUAACUGUCUCGCCCGCCGGGUUGCAUUUGGGCUGGGUGCGCGAAUGCCUGGCAUCGGUUCCGGUCCUCGGACGAAUCUCACCAACAGCACGACUCCAUUUCCAAGUUUGUACCCGAUGACGGUGGCCAUGGAACCGAACAAGAGCAAUGUAGGACUAAGCGUCGCUGUGGUUGCCAACGACACCCUUUUCAGCCUGUCCGAUAUGGAUGCGAUGAUGCCAUUGCUGUCCUCUCAGAAAGUCACGCUCACCGUCGUGGCUCCCCACAUUGGCGAGCUGAGCUCGGGAGUCAACGCCACCGCUUCCUAUAUCACCGCAAGCAGUAUCUUCUUCGACGCCGUAUUCAUCGGCUCAUCUUCGGCAAACAGCACCGGAUCGCCGGCUCUCAGCACUGACGCGAAGAAUUUCAUUACAGAGGCUUAUGGCCAUGGGAAAGCUAUCGGCGCGUUGGGCAGCAGUGGAGCAGCAUUUUUGAGAGAUUUGGGCCUUGAAGUGGAUCAAACUCUGGGUUUGUAUGCAGGCGAGGCGAAUGCGGUGACCAGGAGCGUGCUUAAUGCCUUGAGUGGUCCAGUGCGAUUCCCGUGGAGGUUCCCGACAGACGAUGUCAGCUCGAUCUGUGAAAAGUGA